AUGGGCGCCAUCUCCACCUACACGUUCAUGAUCCCGGCGGCGCUCGUGCUCUUCGUCGGCAUCUGCGACUUUAUGGGCUACGAGCUGGCGGCGCUUUGGGAAGCCUGCCUCUCCUUCUUUGCCAUCAUCUUGGUCGCCGCCAACUGCGUCUUCUGCACCGUUGAAGCUCAAGUCAGGCCCGAGAAGCUCGGCACCGCGCCGUAUGUUGUCAUGAUCACCACCGGCAUACUCGAAAUCCUCUUCUGGGCUUACCUCGGCUGGGCAUGCUAUUUACAAAGCCAGAUCCGCGAGAAACCGAUUGUCCUGGUCGGAAUCGGCGACGAUGGUAUCGCGUCCAGCCAAACUUUGCCGUCCACCAGGUCAAGAUCGUCGGCUUCCGGCAGGGAAAAGGCUCCAAAAUUAACCAGAAAAGCAGAGCCUUCUUCACGCCUCUCUUCUGGUAGCAGCCCUUUAACCCACGACAAAGAUUCCGACCACCAAAUCCGGCGAAGCGGAAGUGGAAAGAAGCGACGUGAAAAAGAGAGCGGACGAAGCGGCAGCGGAAAGCCCAGCAGAAAGAGCGGCAAGAAAAAGAAGCACCAGAAUUCUGGGCGAUCAGCAAAGACACUGAGGACUCGCGACCCCGCUACCUGCAAUACUGUUGGGGCAACUCUGAACUCGCCGGAGACGGUGGACACGGAAGGGCGUAAUAAGAAAAAGAAGAAGAAGGUCGCCCUGGAUAGUCAACAACAAAUGCCCGAUAAGCAUGAACCCCAAAUCCACCAACUCCAUCGGCAGGUCACGGCAAAGACGCGCAAGAAGAGAAAGCCAGCCCAUACCAAAGAUGCUGGAAAAUCCCAAAUGGACACGGAGGAGUACAUCGACAACAAGGGGUUGAACCCCUUGAUGACGUUGAUGAGCCCCGAGGGUAGCAGCCCGGACGGGCGGAAGACGAGCGGCAGCCCCGAGACCAACAUCAUAAAGACAGCAACCAAGCAUGCAGUGAAGAAGCCGGCUAGCCCGGGAGAUCGAUGCAUAUCAGUGGUCACCCCGAUUCAGCCACAUGAAGUUGGGAUAUCUCCAGAAACUGCCAUCCCGCUCAACAUGAAAGCGCCGACUCCUCCGGGGCCAGGCCUACAGCAAAAAUUCCCCGGCCGACCACCACUCUUCGUGCCCCCACGAUCGCCGUUGAUGCCAAAGUCUCCACGCCUACAAACAACUGCCGGCCAACCGCUUCCGUUUCAGGCUCCUGCUCGCCCGCUGCAGCCCUUCCCAGCCCAGCCCUUCCCAGCUCAGCCUCAACAAGUUGCGAUCCCGGGACAGCCACAACCAGCUCUAUCCCAACCGCGCUUGCAGCUUGUGGCUCAAUCAUUUGGAGUUGCCGUCCGCCCACAGCCCGCCUUCCCGCAAGUUCAGCAGCAGCAAAAGCCGCCGCGUCCUCAGCAACCCAUCCCUUUCCCGGCACAAAACCCAGCCCCGCGCCCAUUCCCCAGCGUCAUCGCCGUACCGACGAUCUACGCACCACCAAAGCCG